CGUCAUCCAUAGAAAUAAAGAAGAUGGCGAUGGACUGUUGCGGGCGGUUUGGAAAGGUGUUUUUAAUAUCCAUCAAUAUUAUUUUCUUGUUACUUGGUAUAGGAUUAUCAAUAACAGGAAUACUCGCCAGGAUCAACGCAUUACCCAACGAAAUUUUACCUGCUCUAGACACAGUGCAGGUGGCUGGGAACAAUAUGGCGGAUCUCUUCAAAAAUAUUUCUAUCCUGGUGGCUAUCCUCGGGGCUUGCGUGACGUUGGUAGCAGGUUUAGGACUCUUUGGAGCAUGUUGUGAAGUGAAGUGUUUGCUAAUUACGUACGCCAUCCUAGUGUUGAUCUUCCUCCUAAUGAAGAUUGCAGCCAUAGUGGUCUGGUUUCAAUUAAAAGACGAAUUAAAUCCUUCGACUAAGGAUAAGUUACUGGAGGUACUACAGAAGAAUUUCAUAGACGAUUCUUUAAACAGUACCAGCAAAAUAUCCAACGCAUGGAAUCUUGUAUUUCUGAUGUUGGAUUGUUGUGGCGUGAAUCCUGUUGAAGGGAGCACAAACGACUUUGACUUGACUCCGUGGUGUACAACUAAGGGUACCUGCCAUCGGACAAAUGCACAGAUACCACGAAGCUGCUGCAAUGGAGUGGAUGAAACCAACUUUACAAAGGCUCCUCGUAGUUGCUUCUUCAACGUCUCUAACUACCAUACCCAGGGUUGUUUUGAGAGACUUCAAGAGCUGAUAAAGACUUAUUCAACACCUGCGAUUGGUAUCUUGUUUACGGUAGUCAUAAUCAUGCUCUUGGCUGUCGUGUGUGCCUUAGUCCUAUGUAACCAGACGGGGUCCAAGUCUAACGUAGUGUAACUUCCAUUCUGCAGUGAGGAGGAUAGCAUAAAGAAGAACAGCGAAUCCCGGAAAUAAACCCUUGUGACAGCCCUCAGUGUUUAGAAUGAAAUCAGGUGACAUCGCAUCAGAACCAUCUUCACAAUUGAGUAGUGGGGGCUGUGUAUGUACGUGGGACCGGUUUAUGUACAGUUUUAACUACCUUACUGGAAUAAGUGACUCUUUUUAUAGUGAUUCAGGUGAUUUUCAUGAUUGAGUCCUUGUAUGUGCAAGCUUAAGACUUUAUGAGUAAAUGUGGAGAAUGUUGAAA